UUUUGACAACGAGCAUGCAGAAAGGGCCACCACCACUACAAGAAAACCAAGAACACUGGUACUUACCAAUAUUUGGAGUGUAUCAUCCUCAAAAACCAGGUCAGAUACGUGUAGUAUUUGACUCUAGUGCGAAGCACGAAGGCAUCUCACUAAAUGACGUCCUUCUCAGCGGACCUGACCUGAACAACACACUCCUUGGAGUACUCAUCAGGUUCAGGAAAGAACUUGUAGCAGUAACAGCAGAUGUACAACAGAUGUUCUACUGUUUCUUCGUUCGAGAAGAUCACCGAGACUACUUAAGGUUCCUGUGGUAUGCAGACAAUGACUUUAACAAAGACAUCAUAGAGUACAGGAUGAAGGUACAUGUGUUCGGAAACAGCCCUUCCCCAGCUGUAGCUAUCUACAACCUGAAACGAGCAGCACAGCAAGGUGAAAGACAUGGUCAAGAAGCCAAACAGUUCGUCAUGAAGAACUUCUACGUGGACGAUGGACUUGCUUCUUUCUCCAGCAACGAAGAAGCUAUUAACGUCCUGAAAAGUACAAAAGAAAUGUUGGCAGAAUCCAACAUAAAAUUGAACAAGGUAGCUUCCAACAGCUACAGAGUCAUGGAAGCAUUUCCAAUGGAAGACCGUGCUAAAGACCUCAAAGACUUAGAUCUAGGAACAGAAUCACCACCCUUGCAAAGAAGUCUUGGGCUUAGUUGGGACUUAAAGACUGACAGUUUCACCUUCAGGGUCUCCAGAGAAGAGAAACCAUUCACAAAAAGAGGUGUCCUAUCUACAGUCAACAGUCUUUAUGACCCCCUGGGAUUCGUAGCACCCAUCAUCAUGCAAGGCAAAGCUUUUUUGAGACAGAUCACUACUGAGCAGGAACAAAUUGACUGGGACGUACUUCUUCCUGACGAGAAGCGAAUGCAGUGGAAGGUGUGGAAAGACUCAUUGUUAGAGCUUGAACAACUCUACAUUUCAAGACCGUACGUAUUUGUUUCCUUGUCUGCUACAAAGAGGAGAGAAUUAUGCGUAUUCUCUGACGCUUCCACUAUGGCUAUUGCAGCUGUAACUUACCUAAGGGUAAUAGACACUGAGGGACAAAGCCAUGUUGGGUUCAUCAUGGGAAAAUCUAAACUAGCUCCCAGACCUGCUCACACUGUCCCACGUCUAGAACUUUGUGCUGCUGUCUUAGCGGUAGAGAUGGCAGACAUGAUUACGACUGAACUGGACAUUGAGAUCCAUGCAGUGAACUUUUAUACGGACAGCAAGAUUGUGUUAGGAUAUAUUCACAACGCUUCAAAAAGAUUUUACACAUACGUGACCAACAGAGUGACACGUAUCAGAAAGUCUACAAGUCCAGAUCAGUGGCAUUACAUCAGCACAGACAAGAACCCAGCGGAUCAUGGGACAAGAUUGGUGUCAGCCGCUGUACUCAAGCAAACUAACUGGUUCGUAGGUCCAUCGUUUCUUGGUAAGCCAGAAAUCAAAGAGACUACUCAGGUAGAGACCUUUCAGCUCAUAGAACCAGAUCAAGACAAAGAGGUAAGACCUCAAGUUGCAGUUUGCAAGACUUUAGUUACCAGAGACAGUCUGGGCGCCCAUAGAUUUGAAAGGUUUUCCAGAUGGAAGUCGCUGACUCGUGCAAUCGGAAAACUUAUCUGUCUAGCCAGAUACUCCUCCAGAGCUACUAAUACUGAUCAACGUAGCAACGACCAUCUUGAACAAGCCAAGGUCGCGAUCAUCAAAUGCGUCCAGCAGGAAGUCUUUAAAGAAGAAAUUCAAAGCCUUCUGAAAAAGAAAGAGAUUUCUCGACACAGUUCGCUCAAGAAGUUGAACCCUAUCCUCGACGAAGACGGAGUACUAAGAAUUGGAGGUCGUUUGUCGGCAGCGGAUAUGACUAUCCAAGAGAGACAUCCCUUCAUCAUACCUAAGAAUCAUCACAUCGCUCUUCUUCUGGUAAGACACUAUCACGAGCAAGUUGCACAUCAAGGACGACACUUCACUGAAGGAGCAGUACGGUCAGCAGGAUUGUGGAUCAUAGGAGGUAAGAGACUAGUCUCCAGCGUGAUCAGCCAAUGCGUUACCUGUAAGAAGAUUAGAGGGAAACUUGAGGUUCAGAAGAUGUCAAACUUACCUGCAGACAGACUUGCUUCAGAUCCUCCGUUCACUCACGUAGGUCUAGACGUUUUUGGACCAUGGAACAUCUCUUCUCGCAAGACUAGAGGAGGCAGUGCCGAAAGUAAACGUUGGGCUGUUCUGUUCUCUUGCCUGAGUACUAGAGCAGUUCAUAUUGAAGUGAUUGAAUCUUUAUCCACUUCAAGUUUCAUCAAUGCCUUGAGAAGAUUCUUCUCUAUCAGAGGACCAGCGAAAUUGAUUCGUUCAGACCGCGGCACAAACUUUAUUGGGGCCUGCAAGGAGUUGAAAAUCAUCUCUACAGACUCUGAAACAGGUUCCUAUCUUCAAGAUCAAGGAUGCACUUGGACUUUUAAUCCUCCACACGCAUCGCAUAUGGGAGGAGCAUGGGAGAGGAUGAUUGGAGUAGCUCGUCGUAUUCUGGAUGCCAUGCUCCUGAAGGUUGGGUCUACUCGCCUCACUCAUGAAGCUUUAACUACACUAAUGGCUGAAGUCGUGGCCAUUAUGAACGCCAGACCUUUGGUUCCAGUGUCUACAGAUCCAGAGAUGCCAUCAGUCUUGACACCCGCAAUGCUGCUGACCCAGAAGAUGGAACCAGUGACAGCUCCCACUGGAGACUUUGACCUCAAGGACUUGUAUACUAAGCAAUGGAGACAAGUUCAAAGCCUUGCAGACAUUUUCUGGAAGAGGUGGAGACAGGAAUACCUGGUGACACUCCAGCCACGCAAGAAAUGGCAGGAUGACAAACCCAACUUACAAGUUGGAGACAUUGUCUUAUUAAAAGACACUCAGGCCCACAGGAAUGAAUGGCCUAUUGGACUCAUUGUGGCGACUGAUCCUAGUGGUGAUGCUAGAGUUAGAAAAGUUGAAGUUAGAGUUGUUAGACAGGGCAUUCCCAAGGUGUAUGCUAGGCCAAUUUCUGAAGUAGUUUUACUUCUGUCCAAAGGUUAGUGGCAUAACCAAUGGUACGCCAGGUGGGGAGUGUGCUGCCUUUGCAAUGUAUAUUACAUGCUUGGCACUCAGUAGUGUCUGUUUCUUUAAGACCCUCCAUUUUCUUGAAGCCUAGAGGCGGGUCUUCUCUGUACUCUCUAGGGCUUGCUGGGACAUAUCCUGUUCAGUCCAGCUCUGGCUACUAUAGUGACCAGAUCCACAGGACAUCUUAAAGCUAUUACAGAUUGCAAACCUGACGAACACCAAAGCCUUUUUACCUCACAUAUCAUCCCAUAUCAUAUGAACAUUAUUGUACACAUUCCUGUUCAUUAUAUCUCAGUAAAGAUUGCAUCAGUUCAGCAAACCAGCGCAUCUUUCAUUGGGAUUCGGUUUAUACUUGAUGUUAAGCUGUGUACCUAAAGCA